AUGGACGCGGUUUCUUCAUCUCACCUGGAAAAGAACCUUAUCCAAGGAGGAAGUUCGUUGGCCGACYGUAGUCCGGACAGGGCGUCAGAAUCCGACGAAGAUUCUGACAUUGACAUUCGGCGGCCUAUGGGGCGUGCUGCCCGGCGCAUGCUGGGUGGCAGUCCAAAACCUCAGACUCAGCAAUCGUCAAUGCUCAGCGAUGACGAGGAUCUCUACUCUGCAACUCCCAGGAAGAACAACCACAAGUCACCAUCGCCACCGGAGACAGAUGCUCGCUCCAGCUUAUUCGUGAGCCCGGCGAAGCCAGGUCAGGACGACAACGGUAGUGACGAAGAUCUACCUGCAAAUCCAACUGGGAGCAAACAGAAGUUGGCGGCCCYGGUUGCCGAGAAGCGCGCAGAGCGACUGGCCAAGGAAGCAGAGGAGGCACAGCAGCGGUCUGCAUUCGCUCAUGCGUCUUCGGACCUCCCAGACGAGAUUGUGGAGAAUUCACGAGAACCAGUGAACUCGGAGCUGGAGCGGAUCAUGUCAGACGCUGCUAAGCCUACCAGGAAAGCGAGCAAGAAGGCAAUGCUGGAAAUGGAGCGAGAAACACAGAGAAUGGUGCGACAGCAGGCUCUCGCGCAUCAGAUGAAGACCAAGAAGAAGUUCACGACCAACGAUCUAUUCGCCAAGUUCAACUACCGCCCAGGAGGACAAGUACUCGCCCCGAAACAGCCUAUAGACGGAGACACGACUGCAUCGUCCGCACCUAAUAGUGACAUGGUAGAUGCGGUUACGAGGGAGCCGGUUAGCACACCUCCAUCGAGUCCGCCAACGCCUCUGGAUCGGCAAAGAGCUUUGGUGGAGCAAGGAGCACUUAGCAAACUUGUGCCAGUGCGAGAAGACAGUCUCAAUAACAUUGUUGACGAAGACGAGGGAGAAGAGCUCCUUAGCGUGCACGACAUGAUCCACUCCUCACGUGCCGCCGAACUGGCGGAUACGCCAGCUAAAGCAGCCUCUGAAAAGAAAAAAGGUCUCCGACUUGCCAGAUUCGGAAAGAAACCCGUGCCGUUGAGGCAAGACGACAGCAGUGAUGAUGAACUGGAGAUCGUCAAAGAGUUGCCUAGUCACCUCAGCAUCUUUGACAGAGCCAAGGGCGUUCAGAAACGCCAGCACACUGAUUCAGCUGCCAUUCACAUUCUGAAACAUCUUGCCCACGCCGGAACAGACGCUGCUCAUUCUGGACGUCGCAACAAGAAUAACUCGCGACCGUCGGUGAACCCACAAGUUCUAGAGGCUCAACUGCGUUUGCGAGCGAAGGAGCAAGCUCGAGCCCGCCAGCUGGAGCGCAUCGCAGAACUCAAAGCAAAAGGCAUUGAAGUGCAGACGACCGAGGAGCGUGAGCGGGAGGCGGAGGAGUUUGAAAACCUCCUCGAGAAAGCCAGGCAGGAUGCGGUGAACCUCCGCAAGGCCGAGAAAGCUGCAGACAACGAGGGAAAGAUUGUGGUCAGCGAUGACGAGAGCGAGGAUGAAGACUACUACGACGGAUCCGAGAAUGACGACGAUGAUGAGCGCGACGGAGUCCAGAAGGAAGCUAAUGAGAUGGUGGACGAGGCCGCUGAUGAAAGCGAGGAUGAGGAGGAAGAAGACGAAGAUGACAUCGAGCAGGACCGCGAAGAAGACGCUGAUGAGCUAGCUGAGCAGGAAGAGGUUUCACCAGAGGCGGAUGUGCCGCCUCUUUCGCCGCACAUCGAGUCGGCAGGAACAGGAGACUGGGAGCAUCAAACACCGGUCGUCAGUCGAAAGCCUCGGAAGUCCCACAUUGUUGUGGAUGACGAGGAAAGCGAUGUCGAAGGUCCACAUAAUGUCACAGAUGCUCCACCCCAAUCUGAUGAUGAAGAUGACGACCCAUUUGCUGCCUUCAAUUUCGGCGCUGCCAAAACUACGAAAGCAUUGAUGAGCCCCACGCAAGCUUUCAAUGCCACCAUGCAGACACCAACACAGAAUACGCAGCAGGACUCGCUAGACAUCCUGGCAUAUCUGGCUCCACAUAGCUCCGCCUUGAGGCCCUCCAUACCCGUCGAUAUGGAAACACAGACGCAACCAGGAAGCCAAGUGAACUUUGUGCCAGGAAGUCAGUUGCCUGAAAGCCAGCAAGUUGACCUUGCCUGGGAGACACAGGCCCCAGAGACACCGGUGUCUGGAAUGAACCGUGGAGCAUCCACUGUCGCGGUCGAAACCCCUGGAUGGGAGCCCACUCAAGACGAUGGCCUGCCUACGGAGUGGCAAGCCAGACAAGAAAUUGAGCGGGAGAACAACCUCGAGUCAAUUGCUGAGCAUGACACGCAGUCGACGGUCCGUCUACGGAUCAGCGAAUCCCCAGUCCCUGCGCCUAAGCGCAACCGUCUGGUGCGCGGGCAACGGGCUGUGGUUGACUCGAGUGACGAGGAAGAUGGGGCAGAUGCUCAGCCUGCUGAGGCAGCGCGAAAGGACGUCUUUCGCGAAAUGGCGAAGCGGCGGAAAGAGGCACUGACCACCGCCGAGAAGGCCGAAGCUCAACGCGAAGCUAAGCAAAUGAUGGACGAACAGGCAGAGGAAUCAGAAGACGAGUAUGCCGGCCUUGGAGGAGACGACUUUGUGGCCCCAGAGACCGAGCAGGAUCGCGAAAUGAUCGACUCCAGCCUGAUUGACGUUGACGAACGCCAGAUCGCAGCUCAUUUCGCGGAGAAGCAACGUGUCGCCGAUGAGGCUGCUGCAAGCAAGUUGUAUAAAGACCUCAUGACAGGCGGACUGCGGAGGAAGCAGGCAAACAUGUUCGAUCUGGAUGAUGACGAGGAUGACGUUGCUUUGCGGAGGAGACAGAUGAGGCAGCGGGAGGAGGCGAGGAAGCGGAAACUUUUGCUACAAGACGACAACAUUGCUGGCCUUGCCCAGGGAAAGCAUAGCAAAGGCAAGGACGCCUUUCUCAAAGCGAUUGCUGACGACGAUGAGCGGGAUGACGAUAUCAUGGAUCUCUCGGGCGGCGAAGACGAAGACACGUCCGAAACGCAGACGGAUAGCCAGCCUUCUCAGCAACCCGUGGCGCCUCUUCGCGAGGUUAGUGGGAACAAGCGACACCGUGAAGAGGACCCGGCCGACAGACCACCUGCGAAAGCUCGCCGCACAAAGACCUCCGCUUUCAGGGCACCUACUUCGCUGCUCGAACUACAAGAGUCGGUCAGCUUCCUGCUGGAGGACACCCAUGCCGCUCUUGCUGGUCCCACUGUGCUMGAACAUUCAGAGUCUGAGCACGGCGACGAAAGGACAGACGAAGAAAAGACAGACGACGAAGACGAGGUCGAUGAGGUCGAAGCCGAGCGUCAACGCCAGAAUGACGGAGGCUAUGCUCCAGACCAAGGAGCCAUGCCUCCGCCUCGACUUCCGGCUUCUGCUCGACGCACUGCACCUGGCUCAGGAGUCGUUGAUCGCCUGUCACUGAAGAGGGCAGCGAGCACAUCAGACAGCGCCCAAGGCCGCACGGCUUGGGCCGCCCCAGUCGGUGGCGGGUUCAAGGUCCCAUCCCUGCUUCGUCGCGCCACAACGAACACGAGUGCCAACGAGCGCGGCGUUACGACUUCAAAUGGUCUGUCGAGAGAGAACAGUGGAGUAAAGAUUGGUGGCACGAAGAAGUCUUCGCUUGCGUAUCAGGCACGCGCGGAAGAGCGCAAAGCCAUUGUUGAAGCCGGUGCAAAGAGGAGGGCGGCGAACACUGCACAUAUAGCUGCGCUGAGGAGGAACGCUAGCAGCGGAUUUUCUAAAGCGAUGGCAGGGCAGUUUGAGGAAUGA